AGGUGGGGCAGCCUGGACCCACCAGGCUCGAUAUCUGGCUCCGUUAGCGCCGUUACCGCCCAGGACGGCGAGACUGCAGAUGCUGAGUCCGAAAAUCAUUGCUUUCAGGUAGAAACGCUCUGGCGCCCAGAGUGGUGUCAUCAAUGUGACACCUUCUUGGCAGGGCUAUGGGACCAAGGAUGUCGCUGCACCUACUGCAGGAAGCUCGUAUGUCAUUCUUGUGCUGAAAUGCAAGCGCUUUGUGUCGAACGCAAGAUGAGGAUAGCUGCAAACAACGAGGCGAAGCUGAGAUCGAGGAUCCACGAGCUUGAAGCUUUGCUGGCUUCAAGAGGUGGCAUGGGCAUGGCUGUCUCAUCGAGGGUGCGCAGCCGCGAUGCUAGCCCUCACCGGGAGACUCAGGAGUCGUGGACAUCCCUCAGUUCAAUCAAGCAUCUGCAUGGGCUACAGGGCAAGUAUCUCGCCGAUGCGAUGCAGGUUCCUGAUGUGGAGCUUCAAGACUAUCUGUACUCGAAGCCACUCUUUUCUGCAAAUCUCCCGAUGAGCUUGCCGGAGGUGCAAGCAAUCCUGCUGCGGCCUUCCUUCCUGGAAAGCGUUUUCCGAGCAGACGUGGGUGCUUUCGACAUUAUCGGAUCCAAGUGGGACAAAGCAUCCCAUGAGCCGCACACCUGCAUCCGCGGCUUUAAGUACAAAGUGCCGAUUCCAGAUGACGUUCCCCAUGCUGUUCGGGCAGUUCUUACGCUGCCUCCUCAUGCAACGUGCAAAGCCUUCAGCCGCCUCAAAGCAAAUGAACGUGAGGUUGUCUUGACGCUCCAGUUCAUUUCGGAGGGAGUCCCCUUUUCUGAGAACGUCCGAGUGCAGGUGACGGAUGCGAUCGUACCGGCUCAAGUCCAUGGCCAAGGACUCGUAUUGAGAAGGUGGGCAGUGGUUAUGUGGAUGAAGGAGUUCCCAUUUACCCUGCGCUUCCUGAAGAACAUUGUGGUGUCUCAGGUCAUGGACAGGUCGCGGAAAACUGCCCAGAUACUAGUGGACCAGCUGCUUCUGGCGCGCGUGCCGACUUCCGGGUAG